AUGGGCUUUGAGGCUCCGAGAAAAUUCCCAAACUGCUCGGUGCCCUUCUUCCUUCACUCUGACUCGGGCGGCGGACGAGGCCGAGGGCGAGGCCGCCGACGGCGACGAUGGGCAGCGAGGGGAAAUCGAGGAAACGCCGCUCCUCUCCCUCUUCAGGGGAGGAAGAGGGGAGGGAACGGAAGAGGCGGGACAAGAAGGAGAGCAGGAGGAGCAGCCGGGAGGACAGGGAGGAGGAAGACGACAGGCACAAGAAGAGGAAGAAGAACAAGCACAGCGACAGGAACAAAGGCAAAGAGAGGGAUUCGAAGGAGAGACAUUCCAAAGAGAAGGAGAAGAGCAAGAGAAAAGACAAGGAUGCAGUCGUCAAAGAAAUAUCUAAAGAUGACUACUUUGCAAAGAACAAUGAGUUUGCAACCUGGUUGAAGGAAGAAAAGGGCAAAUAUUUUUCAGAUCUUUCUUCAGAGUCUGCUCAUGAUCUGUUCCUUAAAUUUGUGAAGCAAUGGAACAAAGGAAAGCUGCCAUCACAAUACUACGAGGGGAUUACAAGCGGUCCACGAUCAGCACACAACUGGAACAUCAAAGCGUGAGGCGUGUCUGCUUCGUCAUGGCCUGCAGCGCGAUGCAUGUUCUGGUUCGUUAUGACCUGCAGCGUGAGGCAUUUUGUGUUUUCCUGGCAGGAUUUUCACAUAGUUGCAUUGUACCAGGCUACCAGGCUACCAGGCUACCAGCACAACUACUUUUGAUGUUCUAGGUUAUUGUAUUUUAGCUGAUGUGCAGAAUGUGCCUAAAGGAGGGUAAAUGUUAGGUCUCUCUAGUGUCCAGCGUUCAAUGAUCAUUACUGUUAGAUCCUGACAGUGAGCAAAGCACUUGCUAUUUCGUGUGAAAAAUCUUUGUUUUGAUCGUAAGUGCCACCGUGUGAUGUUGCAAUGUUAAUUGCUAGGUUUUCAACAGGGUUAGAUGCUCCUGUCAAAGUUUAUGUUCUUUGGCAGGGAUACUUGUUAUCUGAGUGGACCAUAUUUCACCAGACAAGUUAUGGCAAAUCUUUCACACCUCCUGACA